AGAGACAGCAGUAAACCAUCAGAGCGUCAACAUGAAAGUCCAUCACACUUUGAUCUGUUUCUUCAUCCUCUCACUGUGUGGGGGAGACUCUGGGCUUGUCAGUGCAACCACGUUUGCAGGAGCUGUAGGAGGAACUGGUGGAAUUAGUUGCUUCUUGCAUCUGAUGGGAAGCAACAAGUUCUUCUGUAAGGAAGAAUGUGAGGCAGAAGGUAUUCUCAUCAGAACAGAUGGUCUCACAGCUCAGAGUGGCAGAUACAGCACUGCAUUCAGUAACACUUCUUCUGAAAGAGGAAUUCUCACUGUGACCAUCACAAAUCUGACCAAGUCUGACUCAGCAUGGUACAGGUGUGGUUUGGGACCAACUGUUGUUCCAUAUUCAUACGCUGACUUUGAGAUCAGAGUUUUAGAUGCAACGUUGGAUGGAAUCUCUGGUUUUGUCCAUGCAGAUACUGAAGGAGAAACUAUCAUUUAUGGAUGCCACGGUACUGUUUACGGAAAGCAGAAGUUCUUGUGUAAGGGCGAUUGUAAAACAGAAGAGGACAUUCUCAUUGAAACAGAGGUGAACAGAGCUCAGAAAGGCAGAUACAGCAUUCAAUAUAUAAACGGAUCUGUAUUUGGACUGCAUGUGACCAUCACGCAGGCGACCAAGUCAGACACAGGAUGGUACAAGUGUGGUUAUGGCAGAGCUUUGUCUCCAGAUUCAUACAAGAUGUACCCGAUCCUUGUCAUUGAUGCUUCCACACCAACAACAACAACAACACCAACAACAACCACCCACCAGUUGACAGCCCUCUCCUCUGUCUCUCACCCAGGUCUCCUCUUGGCUCUGGUUGUAUGCAUGCCCUUGAUUUGUGUGCUGUUGGCUGCUUUGCUGCUGCUCCUCUAUAAAUGGAGGACAAGCAGGAACUUUGGUUUAAACACCAAAGGAAAUGCAGACAGCAUGCACGUGGAGUCUUCCGUCAACUAUGUGAAAUAUGCUGAAGACAACACACGUUAGAACAACCCAUCUGCCAGAAAGUAGCAGGACCAAAUCUACUGAAUCCAGAUUGUGCAGUUUAUAGCUUAUAAAGUGUUGCAAGUCAUUUUUCUGAGGGUGUUCACCACUCACUUGAUUAUUUUGAAAUGUCCAAUUUGUCUUUUGUUUUAUUCUUCUUUUAAACUUUGAGCAAUGUAUGGUGAAAUUAGUGCUAUCCAGCGUUUACCAGUUGUUCAAUACGUCAUGCCAGGUUGCAUCCAAUUCCAUUCCCUGAUUAAGUAUUUAUAUGAUACUUGUAUGUCUGUAGAUAUUUAGCAGACUGGGACUGUUGUCCAGUUUGUCAAAAUCCUGACAUGUCAACACCAAUCUACAUAUAUUAAGCAACAGCAAGUUUAUUUAAACAGCACAUCUUGUACUAUUUAAUUGAAUAGUAUGAUAUAUAUAAUACAAUUAAAACAAAGUAGUACAAAAUGCAUUCCAGUUGCAUUCAGCAUUACAGCUAAAUGCUGCUUCAUGGUUAGUUUGGGCUCGUCAAUAGAUCAAAGAGCCCUACUCAGUUUGAAUUCUUUAAGCAUAUCAGAGACGUAUAUUGUGCACAAACCAUUCAGUUUAUAGACUAGACGCAGCACUUGAGCACACAUGAAUCCAUGGAAGUGUACAGUUUUCUACUUUUCUCAUUACUUUCUAUUUAAUAGUACUUUUUAAACAAUGUCUAGGGAAUGGGGAAGAACCUGUGCAGUUAUCACCUGCUCCAGUAGCAGUGAAAAACUGACUGUGAAACACAUAAGCUUUUAUGUGCAGAAGAGGAUGUUCACAUCCCAGGCAAUUAAUGAAUUAAUGUUGAAUACAAAAAACUUGAAAACAUCUCUAUCUCUUUCUCUCCUACUUUCCUGUCUAUUUUCACCCGUCCUAUGAAAAUAAAGGCAUAAAAAGCCCGCAAAAUAUCUUUAAAAAAAUGUUUACAAUCUUAUAUUACAAUAAUUUCAAGUUGUGUUCCUAAUCAUAAACUCUGUGUUGAUAGUUAUGAUAGUUUGGAUAUUCCUUGCAUCAAACCUUAAUAAAAAUAUUGCAGCAAAGCACACAUAUACUGUACAACUAAUGUAGGUUAAAAGUUGAUUGUGUGAAGAUGAGUAAGCAUUUGGAAUAAA